UAAAUUCUAACUUAAAAUGCCUACAAUUCCGGUGAAUGCCUACACACACAGAGGGGGUGUCGAAUGGGGGGCACCUGGAGGUGGUGAGCGCCGGGAACCUGUCGUGCUAUACGUGCUCCACAAUCGACGACAUCCGAUGCAAAGUGAUUAACGAAACCUAUUAUUACAGUAACUAUAAGUACAGCACUUAUAACACACGGCUGUAUGGGUCGGAGUGCGGGCCGGGAGAGACCUACUGCGCCGUCCAGCGACUGGACGCGAAGAUCAACCUGUCGUCCGUCGACUACAAAUUCUGGGCCAUUCAACGCAAGUGCGUCCAACACUGUCAGGACGGGUGCUUCGUGCUCGGCGAGAGGACUAAACUGAGUCUAUGCACGACGUGCUGUACAACCAAUUACUGCAAUGUAGGCAACACUGGCACCGAACCCAUGAUAAUCAAUACAUUCAAUGACUUGGAGUACAAUGAGAUGAGUGGGAUAUUCCUCGAGAGCCGUCUCGCAAAGAGCGAGCGCUUCGUUGUACUGCUUGAGAGCCGACAGACAGAGGAUUAG